AUGUCGUCUAGAGAGUUAGAUUUAGAGCCCGACGACACGCCCAGCGAGCCGGACGAUGACACAUGGCGCGACUACGAUUUCAGCUCAGAUAUGGAACCCUUACCGGGUUGCUACUCGGGUAACCACGACCUUGGCUGCUACGUGAGACUGUUGAAAAGAGCAAUCCGAGUCCUCGUCCGCAGCAACUACAUCUCGUACGACGCCAUGAGGUACAAAUUUCGGUAUUCCAAAUGCACGCAACGUCUCGUGGACUGCAUCAACCAUCAGUACAUCACCAACGACCACAAGACGGCGUCAAGGAUGAGCCGAGCCAUCUGGGGAGAGACAUACGCUUACAUAGUUGACGUCAGCGUCGAUAUCGGCGUGACUGCCGAUGCCGAUGACCCUCCCCGGGACAUAAUCGACUUUGCUGGUGAUAUCUUUUAUAUGGUGGAGAGCUUGCUUUACAGCCUGUGCGACAGAGUGUUUGUCGACUGGGAGCCUUACUUCUGCAAUUGCGAGAUGGAUUCUACAAGGUGCAGGUUUCAUAUGAUGCCUUACCCCAGCUGCACUUGUCCAUUGGAUGGUAGUGAUGGACCUUACUGCCCCUGGCACACAGCGGUGGAUCUAGAUUCGGCCCAACUGGUGACGAACGACUAG